CACAUUUGUAAGACGCCAUAUUGUGUCACGUUUUAGCAGUUACUGCAUUUAUUAGACUGAAUCUUUUCAAUAAAACUUGCUGCAGUAACAUAAUAUUCAGUUAUAUACAAAAAAUUAAAAUAUGAAUUCAAAUAAUAGAGAAAAACGUACGUGGGAUUCUUCUAAUGCACCAAAAUCAUUUGUCCAGAAUGUAACAUCAAAAAUGACAGAAUUGUUACCAUCCACAAUAACCAAAUGGUUUAGCGGUCCAGGUUCAUCCAGUGCUAAUGGAUCAGCAACAGUAAUUGAAAUAAGUGAUUCAUCCACAGAAGAAGAGGGACUAGAUAGUAAUUUUAUUCCACCACCCAGAAAGCGCAUGCGUCGCAAUUCUUCUGUCACCAACCAUUUUAUGGAUAUUGAGACUGCUUCUUCAAGCACAAGUACUAAUGCAGCAGAUGUUGUUCAGAGUCCCCCAAUAUAUUUGUCAAACAAGUGUAAGUAUUACAAAAAAGGUCCAGAAUUCAUGGUAAUGGCUUACAAUGGCAAGCAAAUGAAUGAAAUGAAUAAAUCAACACCUAAAAGCUCAGAUCCAGCAAAGAGAGUAUCUGAAAUACUUAAAAAUGCAUUGUAUUCUGGUGAUUCAUUAAUGGCUAAAACUCGGAAACCUUUUCUUAACUUUUCUACAGCUGAAAGCAUGAAUGAAGUUGAUUCACACAUGGAUGAUUAUCAAUCUUAUAAUAAAUCCUCAUUACUUGGUUCAACAUUCUAUCCUGGUCAAACAUCAUAUGGGGGUGCAUCAAACAGCCCCGUUAAUUUCAAAGGCUCUAAUAUCCUAAACAAGAAAAGUGCAGGGCUAAAUAAAUCCAAAACCGGUGAAAAGUUAGACAUAAGCCAAACUACUAAACAUAUAAUGGAUUUAUUAGAUAGCAUUUCUUCACCAGUGGCUGAAGCAAGAAGAAUAUCGCAAUAUGUUGAUCCAGAUAAGAGUAUAAGUACUUCAAAUGCUAAUCCUGAUUGCAAGAAAGUUAUUUCAUACAAAACACAAGAGCUCCCUGUGCCCAAUAUGGCAAGCAUUCUGAGCUUAAAAAGGAAAUCCCGACUCAUCGGUACAACAAGUUCAGCAAGACAGAUUAUAUCGUCACACAGUAGUUCUUUAAAUGUGUCUCCUUAUGCAACAAAGACAAAAAGUCCCCAGCGAAAAAGAGCUAAGUUUGUAACUAAGAUAAAAAAUACGACACGCAACAGCAGAGCAGAUGAAAUAAAUAACAUUGACACACCUGCAUCUUUGGAUUUACCACCAGCUGUGUUACAGAUUGAUGAAAAUAAUUUACCAAAUUUUGCAUUUGCUUCUCCAAUUUCAACGUCGCUAGCAAUUUCUAAUAAUAGUUCACCAUUGCACACAUCUAUAACCUCUGUAGGGAAUAUAAGUCAGCCUGAGAAUGGAAAUUUACAUAAUCCAAUUGUCUUACAAAGUAAGUCUAUGAGUAGUUAUUAUUCAUUUCCGAAAUCAGUUACAGUUUCUCGUUUGUCUAUUAAUAGCAACCAGUUACCAAAAUAUACUUUUAUAAGUCCUGAGAUAACUGAUGAUGUAAUUAAAAUAGAUAACACAAAAUCUGACUCUAUUCCAUAUAUUGUAGGUACAUCCCAGAACAAUGAAUUAGCUAGUACAAAUACUUCUAACUGGAAGUGCAAUGAUUGUUGGGUUUCCAACAAGCCUGAUGUGAGCAAAUGUGUAUGUUGCGGUGGUAAGAAACCAGUAACAGAGGAAACAAAGAAUUGUUCUGUUUGUCUGGUUAAAAAAUGCUUGGAGACAUCUGAUGUAUGUAGUGAUUGUACAAAAACUCGUACUAAUAACACAAGUAAAUCUGACUUGUCUAAAUGGAAAUGCAAUGACUGCUGGGUAAAUAACGAUUCUAAUGAAGAUAAAUGUGUUUGUUGUGGAGGAAAGAAACCAAGCACAUUAUCAGAACAAAAUAACACUGAAUUUUCUUCAAGUACACCAAUGGUUGGAACUUCUUCUAAGUGGAAAUGUGAAGAUUGUUGGGUUAGCAACGAUGCUCAAGCAGAUAAUUGCAUCUGCUGUUUGGCACGAAAUCCUGCUAAGAAAAUUGAAGUUACUAAGUCUACUGAUAAAGGAUGGAAAUGUAAUGUUUGCAUGUUAGAUAAUGUAUCUCAGGUAGCAAAUUGUAUAGCAUGUUUAACAUCUAAACCUAAUCCAAGCUCUGAGAGCAAUGUGCCUCAAAAUUCCUCAACAUUAAAUUUUCAAAGUAGAUCUAGUGACCCACUUAAAAAAAUUAUGAAAAGUCAAUCACAAAAGUGGGAAUGUCAAUAUUGCCUUGUACAUAAUGAUAGUGACAAAAGUCAGUGUGUUUGUUGUGACUCUGAAAAACCUGGUGCUACCAAGCAGCCACAGUCUAAAUUUAAUUUUGGUAUAUCACCAAACACAUUUAAAUUUGGUAUUGAUCCAACAAAGACUACAGAACAGGCAAAGGUUAAUGAGAAUAAAUCUCUAGUAAAGGAAACAAAUAAUAAUGAGUUACCUAAAGUUGCAUUGAACUUUGGCAUUCAGUUUGAUGUAACAGAUAUAGCAGACAGAGAGGAAGACCAGGCUAAAGGAAACGGAGAAUCUGUAGCAAAAGCACCAGCUUUGGUAAGAUCCACAGAGUCCACUAUGCCAGUGGAACAAACAUUUUCAUUUGGAAUACCUAAAGAAACAAAACCUGAUUCAGUUAUUAAUGAAGUUAGAGCAAAUUCAUCAUCUGAAUUUGCAUCAAAAUCAAAUAUGGACAUAAAUGAAAAGGCCCAAGAAGUGCCCAAUAUAGAGAGAAAUGAGUCUACCAAUCUGCAAUUAUCAUCACCAUUAUUUACUAACCCUACACCACCUACUGUGCAGACUUCCCAAGCAACGGCAACCUUUGCAACAGUGUCAGAUAAUUGUGUUGCAAGUACAUCUUCUAUACCUGUGACUACUUCUGCAGGUUCUGCUGCUAGCUCUGGCAAUUUCUUCAGUCCUGUAUCAACGGCAGUUGCCUCUACACCUUUUAUAAAACCAGCUGGUUCUUCAGGUAACACAGAAUUGUUCCAGAAUAACCAACCAAAUAAAACUGGUGUCAACUUUAUAGCUCCUCCAUUAUUCCAAAAGAAUACUAUUCAACAACCUGCAACAUCUUCAUUAUUUCAACAAACUGAUAAACAGAAUUGUGGAAAUGCAACUAUUACACUCCGUCAGAAUACUGCAAUGUCAUUACCCGAGCCAUCAUUGUUCCAGCAAGCUGAACCUGCACCUACUGUGCCUGUAUCAGCUUUCUCAGCAGCUUCGGGGUCUGUUACAUCGAAUCCAAAUUUAUUUUCGAAAAAUGACCCACCUACUACAACACAGGCAGCUGGUCCUUCUGCGCCAGUAUUUAGUUUUAGAUCAAAUAAUCAAAUGUUGCAAACAGAGAAACCAAAAUUAAAUUACGCAUUUGGAACUAACAGAGAAACUAAUUCAAACGCGUUAGCUGUUCCUAUCAGUGGUAUUUUUUCAUCUACACCUAAUGCUAGAGUGGCCCCAAAUGUUGUGGCGCCUCUAAGCGGAAACGCAUUGCAAAACAGUAAUAAUAUAUUAAGUAGUAUUUCUUCAGGAACGAUUGGUGGACCCUCAGGUGGUUCAGGUGCUUCAAGUGGAAAUGUUUUACUUGGCAAUAGCGCAGCUCCAACAAGUGGUACCAAUAUGGCUGGUCCAUCUGUCGUAUUUGAUAUAUCAUCAGAAUCAUCAAAUUCUAGAAAUGAUUUGCCACCAUUAUCACCAUUAUCACGAAUUUCGACACCACCAUCAGGUUUAUUUGGAGCUGCAGCACCAACUGAUGCACCCAGUGUAUGGACAUCUAGUAACAAAUCAGGUUCCAGUUUAUUUGUUACCAAUCCAUCAAGCAAUGUUAUCCAAAAACCAGUCUCGUUUUCAUUUGGAAGUAAUAGUAUGUUGUGCAAUAUUAACAUGAUUAAUAAUACAGAUAGUAAAAUUUUCGGUGAGAGCAGGUCUGAAACACCGAAUGCCUUUAACCCAAAUACAAAUAACGCACCAAUGUCUAUGUUUUCGUCUCCUGCGCCACACCAAAACACACAUUUGUUUGAAACUUCUUCUUUACAUUUGCCUAAUAAUCAGCCUACAUCAGGAUUAUUUGGACAACAAAACGUAAAUACACCAUUUGGAAAUGCUGCGCAGAGCUCAAUGCCAAUCGGUACAACAUUUAAUUUUGGACCAACAACGCCUACUGGAAUCUUUGGAUUUGGACAGCAAUCGCAGCAGCAGCAGCAGCAGCAGCAGCAGCAGCAACAGCAGCAGCCGCAGCCACAGCCGCAGCCGCAGCCGCAGCAGAGUGCUGUGUACAAUUUCGGCGCGUCGGCGACGCCGCAAGUGCAAUUCUCAGUGGGCAGCGCGCCUAACACGACCAUGCGGCGGAUGCGCAAGGCUGUCCGGCGCUCGACCCAGCGAUGAGUAAAGCCUCGCCGCCGGCUCUAAAUAGACGAUUUGUUACCUUGUGCUCUAAUUGGUCAAAACAGAACAUUAUGCGAGUGCAGUGAAUCGAAACAGUAAAUGAACGGUUAUGGACUACAUUAAUUGUUCUCCAUUAACCCUCAAAAACGGUUUUUAUUUCGUAAAUUAUUGCAUGGAAUAUUUUUAUGGUUGCAUGGUCGGAAUAGUUUUUUUUUAUAGUAAUGUAAAUAUCAAGAAUAGGAUCUUUUAGCCCCAUUAUUAUCAAUUUUUUUUUAUCUGUUGCACCUUUAGAGUAUAAAUAAACAAGCUAUAGAGCGCGGGUGUCACAUCUUUCCGUUGUGCCAAUUUUAAGGAAAUUUGAUUAGUAUUCACCAUUUUUAUACUAAGCAUAUAAAAAUGUUCCUCUUCAACUCAAUGUGACGCGUAUUGCUUUCAAACUAAUUGAGUGCGUCAAGAAAAAGAGAUGACGCAGUAAAUCAGUUUGAAAAUAAUAUAUUGUAACGAUGUAAUAUGUUCCUCCUUGUGCUUUCACUUCAAACUGAGUGACGCGCGCUCUAUAGCUUACUUAUGUAUACUCUAUGCUCUAAGGUGUCGCCAAUUGUCCUAGAAAUUGAAAUUUUUCCUUAAAAAUGUUAAGAAUAUUAUUUUAUAUUAUGCUUGCCAUGUAUAUGUUGAUGAAUGAAAAGAAAAUCACAGCUUCUGGGUUGUAAAAUAAUAUACGAUAGAUAAUAUGCGAUAGUUAAUAUUGAAUAAGGUAUAAGAUACAGUUAUAGGUAUAUAUAGUUGUUAGUUGUUAGUUUAGUAAAAGAUUUUUAUGCAUUUAUGUAUGUGAAUUAUGAAUGUUUCAUUUUAUUAAUAAUCAGAAGCCAUGCAUGAUACGUAAAAUAUAAUAUGAAUGUUAUAAAUCAUCUUCGUUCCCCUAUACCAGUUUUAUUAGUGUUUUAUAUGUAGACAAUUGGGAGAACAUUCUGAUAAUAUAAAUUUGAGCAAGUAAUGUAUGCUAUUUUAUCAUCUUUCCUGUCGAACAGGACCAUAUAGUAAAAUAUUAAGAAAUUUUGGUACCAUUCACCUACCAUUGUAUAUAAAUUUUAAGAAAAUUAGGUACCAUUCACUGUUCUUUCCCUGCCAUUUUGGGAACUUAGUGUAGUAACGGAGAAGUUUCCAGUGGUAGUGCCGGUCACGCAUUUUUGCACAAAUACUUAAACCUAUAAUUGUUAGAUUUGCAAAUGUGUUACUUCACUAUAUGAGGGCAAUCAUUCGUUUAUUAUACGAAUGUCGGUACGCAUGUGUGUGACCCGUGUAACUUAUAUAAUUGAACAAACCGAUUAGAAAAUUUAAUUGAAAAUGUUCUUAAAUUUUAAAUAGUUCUAUAUCACAAGAGACACAAAUUAAUGUAAAAAAAAGUAAUGUCUCUUGAUUGCUCUUGCAAGGUGCAUUAGAUAUGUAACCCUCAUUCGAUAUUAUUUAUUUAUUUAUAGUAAAAUUUAAUAAUUUCCAUUCUGUAUCAAGUGCAUUUUGAUUUAAAAUGUAUAAUUACUUGUAUUUAAUAAUUUAAUGAUUGUCUUUAGGAAUACUAAUAUUCGUUUUAUGUAAAUACGCGUUUAUUGGCGCCUGAAUUAUUACCCCAAACACAGUUAAAAAAUUAAUUUUUUUGUAAGUUAUUUGCAAUUUAAUUGUUAAUUUAGUGUACUUGGGCUCUACUUGAAAUUCAGGGAAAGAAGUAUUUUACUUCUAUAUCUAAAUUAAACCUUAUUUAAUUUAAACCCUUCAGUUGUUCACGUAAACGAAGUUGCGGGCUAAAAGUAAGGGCUAACUGGUAGUAAAAUAAUAUUUAAAGUUGCAUACAAACGAAUAUUAGUACAAUCCUAUUACUUUUACCUUCUCUUAUAAAGCUCAGUUUGAAUGUUUUAUAUAUUUGAUCGUUGAAUUUUUUUUUAAAUUCUUCAGAUCUCUGAUUUUAUGGAUAUGAAUUUAUUUAUUGAAAUUUAAAUGUUACUGGCGUAGGUCUAUUACGUAUCGCAAUCUACAAACACCUAAUUUUCGAGUGCUUAUAUUGGAUUAAUCACAUGUUACAUUAUAUUGGAAAACUUCUCCAUUAGGAAAAAUUUUUUAGUUAAUAAUGAUAUCACAAACCUUUGAUAAAAUUUCUAAUCGGAAGGUAGCGCACUGAAUUAUUAUUUGGUUUCAGCUGACCUAAAUUUACCACUUACUCUCCCUAUUUCGGCUUGAUUCUACACAGCCUAUCUUCCGCUUCUUAGAGAUUUUAUGAAAGUGAAGAACCUUUUAAUAGCGUAAGUAGUUUAAAGAUAUCGUUGGUUUUGUGUAUAUUUUUUCUGCAUGUUAAUUACUAUGUGUAAGCGCAUUUAUGUAUAUAGGUAAUUUUUAAACUGCAUAAUUUUCAAUGUUAUAUUACGAGUAGUAAAUGCGCUUUACACAUCAUGUGAAAAUGUAAUGUAACAUAGUAUUGAACCAGUACAUUAAUUGUAAGCAUUAUAAUAAAGACGUAAUGGGCAAUUGGGGAGCAAAACUAAAUUAAUUUUACGUAUUUCCAUUAAGAAUGAAUAUAUAAUGUUUAUAAAUGAAAGGUUAAAAUGUUGUUAAUUGUAUACUUUUAGAUUUGUUCCUCAAUUAAAAUGUCAAUAAAAAAGGUU